GGCGGUCCCUGGCGGCCGCGCAUUCCUGAGCCACCCGAGCCCGGCUCCUGCGCGCUCCCGCCUGCCCGGCUCGGAGGAGCCACGGCACGCUCGCGGCCGAGAUCCCAGGGCUGGAGGGGGCACCCCGCUGCCGGAUCUCCAGAGAAGCGCUCCAGCCGCCUCUGCCCCAGGAACUUUUCUUAGACCCGGCGAGAUCCAGCUGCGGUGGGGGCCCUGGGUUUUCAAAGCUGCUGUGUGGAUUCGGGCCCCGCGUGGAAGGCACCAGGAAUUUGGAUUCAGGAGUGGUGGAUUCCAGCCCUGGUCGGUCUCUAGCAGUUUAUCCAUCUGUGAAACGGAGAAAAUAUUCUUUGCACACAAAUCAGAUGAGAAAGAGUGAAGCAGCAUGGACGCCGUCAGCCAGGUCCCCAUGGAAGCCGUGCUCCCCAAGCACAUCCUGGACAUCUGGGUCAUUGUCCUCAUCAUCCUGGCCACCAUUGUCAUCAUGACCUCCUUGUUGCUGUGCCCGGCCACUGCGGUCAUCAUCUAUCGCAUGCGGACUCAUCCCGUCCUCAAUGGCGCUGUCUGAGAACCUCCCAAGAGGGGCAGGUGAAGGAUGAGGACAGCGUCCCCUCCCCCAGCUUCUUCCCCUUCCUCAGAAAAGCAGCAGGAAGGACUUCGGAGCGUAGACUUUGGAGCCGGAUAUGUGAGGAGACCUGAGUCUUGGUUUUGAUCCUGCCACUGGCCAGCUGCGUGAAUUCGGUGAAGGGACCUAAUUCUCUGAGUUCCAGGUUCCUUAUCUUCCAAAUGGGGAGCGUGAUCCCUGUCCGUCCUACCUCAUGGGGUGGUGAGAACCAAUGACCUAGCGGAGGUUAAAGCUGUUAGUCAGCAGAUACACAGGUGUUAUCACUGAAUGCUGAGAAGCUUUGAAGAACCAAAGACCCUAAUUGCUGAUGAGAGCCUUCAAGGGAGACACGGGCAGAGCAGCCUUUGCCAGUGCCCCUCAGGUGCAACCAAGCAAAGGCACCCUGUCCUCGUUCCAAGGGACCAACAGCAUGUGGCUCAAAGUUACUGUCUUUGAGGUGCCACCCCCUCGAGUUUUCUAAUUUGGGAGGGAACUGAGCAUAGCAGGAGGAGGGAGAUGGGUGGAUCUUCCCAGGAUGCCAGAAUCUCUGCCCCUGUGCAGUCUGGAGGGGGCUCUGCCAUUUCUUGGCAAUGCCAAGGGAGCUGGGCCGAUGGCUUCUUUCUCCACUGGAGUCCCAUAGCUUUGACACUCAGUGGGUGUUGGCAGAUGCAGGGUGGCUGAGAUCCCUGGCCAGCUUUCAGGCCCUCCAGCCCCCAUCCCCUGUGUCCCCCUCUCCCCCAGCUCCUGCUAUAAUUAGCUCCGCCGCAUGGUGUAUCCUCCCGUCACUCCCUCCCACCAGCAGUGCAACCAUUCCAAGAUACAGACAUAUUUUAAGAGAUGUUCCCAGCACUUUUGGAACUAACUCAAACAACAAUGUUUAUUUUAAACGCUAAAAUUUAUAUUUAUAUGUAUACAGAGAUUUCUGGACCACUCAAGCUCUUUGACUAAAAUCAGGAGCAUGGGGGGAUUUAUUAAGUUAUGUAAGAAGACAGCACAGAUACCAGGAUAUUAUUGUGUGAAAACAAUGCUUUACUUUGAUCUGAUUUCAUUGAUGUACACAACUAAUUUCCAGUAAAGUGCUAGAAUGAGCA